CUGAAGACAAUUUCUUCAGUCACCAAAUUACAAUUAGACUAAGCAAAAAAAAAUAUUAACCAGGAGAAAAACCAAUUGUUAUAAUGCUAAUGCACACCACAUCCACAUCGUCGACAUCAACGGCCACCAUGACCAACUCAUCAUCGUCGGCCACGCCCACUCCAGGCUCAACAUCAUCGAACAAUAGUGCCACUCUGGAGACGCUGCACCACCAACAGCAGCAACAACAACAACAGCUCCACCAACAAUUGCAGCAAUUGCAUACAAAUACAACAAACAAUUCCAAUUCCCGACCACCAUCACGGGCUCCAUCCAUUCUAGAUAGUCCAACUCUGGCGCGUGUAGAACGCGCUCGUCUUCGUCUCGAACAACAGGAGAGGGAACGCGACAGAAGUAGUCUAGGUGGAGUCAUUGGUGGUGGUAGUGGUGGAAUGGGUGGAGUCGGUGGCAUCGGAGUUGGAGGAGGUGGCAGCAGCACUGGCACUGGCAGCACGGCCACAACUAUGAAUCGUGAAGAUAGCCUGGAGCGUAGCAUAUUGGAUCCCAAGAAAGAAACUUCGUCGGCGCCUUGGCAUCAGAUGUGGACACAUAUGAAACGCCUUUCACACGCCUCCAAAGUCAAUUCCACCAGCAGUCUGACAGCCCAGAAAACCGAUCUGGGUGUUGGCCAUCAUCAUCAUCCAGGAACAGCUGGACAAGCAGGAACAAUAACAGCCACACCAAAUGGAACAUCGACAAUGCCCGGCAAAUGCAUUCUCUUUCCGGAUAAAACAUCUUCGCUGAAAAGUUCCAUGUAUACGCAACAAGUCUACUUCAGGCCCGAUAUGCAAUCCCUGCUAGCAGGACGUAUACCAGUGGCCUCCAUGACGGGACCCAUUAAACGUGGUCUUCUCUGGCAGCAGCGGGACCGCCUCUUCUCACGCUGGAAGGAAAGAUACUUUGUGCUUACUCGUGACUAUUUGCAUUGCUUCAAGAGAGCUUCGGGCUCGGCCAAUGAACGUGCCUCCGAUAUGGGACAAUUUAUUUUUAAGGUCAAGCUGGUCGAUGUGGAGAAGGUGGAGUGGUUGAAUCGUCGUUCGUAUAGCGCCAUUGGAUUGCUCUUGGGUCGUGAGGGUCGUGUGCUUUUGCGCUGUGACGAUGGCCUCGAGGAUUGGUUCGAACUGCUGGAGGAGUGCACUUUGACCUCCAAAGAGCGUCGACGUGCCUUGAAAAUAGCGCAAGGUCCGCGAUCACGUGCCUCGCUAGCCGCACCCGUCUCCCAUGCCUCGUUACAGUUCCAACACUUUGGACUAGGUGGCACUUACUCGACUGCUUUGGAUGAUUGGCUGAUGACAAAUGGCACCGGCGGUGGUCUGGCCCGGCACAAGAUUGGGGCCGGUAGCCUAAAUGGUUAUGGUGGAGCCAAUCCCUUCUUUUCCGAUUCGGUGCCAGAUCUGAGUGCCCUCAAUAAUGAGAAUCACAAUCAUCACUUGAGCGGCAUUAGCACUAACCAUUCGACUCCUCAGAAGAUACCACAUCACAGCAAUGCGAAUCUUAGUCGUUACUCGAAUGGUUAUGUCUCGGCGCAGAACAGUUUUACCGCUCAGAGUGCUGGUCAAAGUGGUCUUUAUGGGUCACCUCGUCGCAUAUUCAUCAAUAGCAGCUUUGGCUCUAAUCAAGUGGUCGAUGAGGAAACCGAAGAGACGGAAGUACAGCUUAGACGACCAAGACUAUUCCGUGGUGUCAGUGCCACACCGGAUAAUGGUAAUGAAUUGGAUAGAGAUUGGCUAUACCGCAAGCCGCGACCACCCACCGAUAUGCGCCAUUCCGUUCAACCCAUGCUACCUAUUCAUAAUAAUGGUAGCUCUGCUGCUCUGGCUCCCUCAAACAAGACCUCAGAAUUGGAUUGCUCUGCCCAUGAUAGUGGCCUGGACACUCCACCCUCGACUCAUCGUCCGUCUAGCUAUCGUGAGGCAAGUCGUGAUAGCACUGAGACCAAUGGAAGCUCAUCUCGUGGCACUCUCCUGAACAACUCCUCAUCACCCGGUGGCAGUUUUCGCGGCAAGAAAUUGAGUCCUCAGGUUACCAAUUUGAAUCAAUUGAAUGCCCUACACGGUUCACGUUAUUCCGUUCAGGAUCAGCGCAUACUUAAAAUGCGCAACAAUGACCAUCAGGAGGAUCGUUGCGCCUCCAUAAAACUGGCCAAUCUUCUCAAUCACAACAAUGAGCCGCAGCCCUCCUAUGAUCCAAAUCAGAAUCGUUACUAUAAGCAUGGCAAUGCCACGCCACCCAUUUCCCUAACGCCCCAGCAUACGCCACAGCACAAGAUGUAUCAUGCCAAUGGCAAUGGAAAUGGCACCCUAAAUGGCAAUGGCGGCCAAUCGACCAUGAAUGGUUCGGCCAUUUUCCGGGAACGCUACCAACAUCCAGCAUUGGCGGCCAUCAUCAAUGAGGCGCAGGGUCUAAAGUUUCGAGAACGCGCCUAUUCCGAUAGUCAACAGCGUCGUCUACUGAACAAUAAUAAUGGACCCACUGUGCCGCAGCCUGCCUCACCUUUGGCCCAGCGUCGAAACAAUGCCACACCCAUUUUUGGUACGCCUACACGAGUAUAGCGUUUAAAGGUUUAAGUCAAAAAAUCUUUUAAAUAUGCAUUACCAUUAGUUUAGAAAUGAAGUGAAUCCAUUCUUUCUAGAGCAACGACUUAUUAAACAAUUAAAUAUUCAUAAAUUCGAUAACAAAAUAUUUAAAUUCUCAAU